AUGUCACUGGGUAAAGAAAUAUAUAUUGAGGGAGAUGGCUCAAUAUCUGAGAACUGCCUUCUUGGUGUUUUUUAUUCAGGAGUAUUUCAAGAAAUGAAGGGCACAAUAAACACAUCCUUUAAGGAUCUCCAAGGUGCAACACGUGUAGUAUUUGCAACUUCCUCAUUGGGUAUGGAUGCAAACUACCCUAAGGUGGAAUAUAUUAUCCAUUAUGGUCCAGCUGGGAGUAUUGUUAGUCAACUUCAGGAGGCAUGUAGAGCAGGAAGAAAUGGAAUACAAGCACACAACAUUAUUUAUUACGAAGGAAGACAUUUAAUUCAUUGUGACAAAUUAGUCAAGACAACUUUAAAAUCUAAUUCGUGUUUACGUGUUGCUAUGUACAGUGCGUUUGAUGAGAACAUAGACCUUUACUACCAUUACAUUUGUGUUGCUCAAAUUGUUACAAACAUUGUGACUGUGGUGAUUGCCCAGUGUUUGAGUUUGAAGAAUUCUGUGAGAAGCAAGUAG